AUGUACUAAACAUCACCUUUGUACUAAAGUAUAAAGCUAAGAAAAGUAUAGAAGAAGAAGACGCAGCACAGCGAAGGGAAAGUUAAUAUUUGCAGUAGCGAGUUACUAGUCUUAUUGUGUUCUGCCGCAAAGAAAAGAAAAAGAAAAGGUAGACCCAAACUCAAAACUUGAUUCCGCUCGUAAACUCGCAACUCGUAAAUUUGUAACACUUGAUCUUCUCCCGCCAAAUUUAUCUCCUGCUUGCCUUCGGGCUUUCCUCUUCUUCUUCAGGAUCAUGAAUCGCGGUCGUGGUCGACGAAACCCCCAAACCAAUCCCUCUCCGGAUGGUGCCUCCGCCGGUCGUACUCAUCGUCCUCAUGGAUCAAGAGCGUCUUCAAGUGGAGGUAAAGGCAAGUUUAUGUAUGUUGCUAAAGAUCAAUCAAGAUCAAGUCCAGUCGAGCCAAAGGCUGGUACUCUGGAACAAGAUAAGUGUUUGAUUCAUACUGAUGUGGUCCCCAAGGAGAAUUGUCCUGUAUUAGUUUCUCCUUCAAGUAGAAGUAAAGAUAAAUUUGUCUAUGUUGCUAAAGAUCAGGCAAGAUCAACUCUAAUUGAGCCAAUUACUGGUACUCUGGAGCAAGAUAAGUCUUUGUUUCAUUCUGAUAUGGCCCCCAAGGAGAAUAGUCCUCUAAUAUUUUAUCCUUCAAGUCGAAGGAAAGAUAAAUUUGUCUAUGUUGCUAAAGAUCAGGCAAGAUCAAGUCCAAUUGAGCCAAUGACCUGUACUCCGGAGCAAGAUAAGUCAUUGUUUCAUUCUGAUAUGGCCCUCAAGGAGAAUAGUCCUCUAUUAUUUUCUCCUUCAAGUGGACGUAAAGAUAAAUUUGUCUAUGUUGCUAAAGAUCAGGCAAGAUCAAGUCCAAUUGAUCCAAUGACUGGUACUACGGAACAAGAUAAGUCUUUGUUUCAUUCUGAUAUGGCCCCCAAGGAGAAUAGUCCUCCAUUAUUUUCUCCAUCAAGUGGAAGUAAAGAUAAGUUUAUCCAUGUUGCUAAAGAUCAGGCAAGAUCAAGUCCAAUUGAGCCAAAGACUGGUACUCCAGAACAGGAUAAGUCUUUUUCUCAUUCUGAUAUGGCCCCUAAGGAGAAUUCUCCUCCAAGCUGCUCUGCUGCCUUAAGUCAUAAAGGAACUCAGAUUGCACAAUCUAUAGUGAAUUUGACAAAUGAUAGUGUGAAAUCAAACGAGUUAAAUAUUUCUUCCCCGGACCUUACGCCUUCUGUAAAUUGUGGCAAGGUUGGAACUUCAUCAUUGAAGGGUCCCAAACCUCUAGCAAGUGAUAAGAAGCCUGAGAAUUCAGAGCCCUCAUCUGUCUCUGGUGCUUUUGAUAUAUGCCCGCCUAAAGCCACCAGUUCUUCUAAGUUAAAACCUUCUCUAUUUGCAAUGAAUCGAGAGAGGCGGAGUCAAGUGAAACAGACGGAUAGUAAAAGUGGAUUUGUGAGAAGGCCUGGAAUGGUUUUGCUCAAGAACUUCAUUUCACUUAGCGAACAGGUGAAAAUAGUGAAGCGAUGCCGUGACUUGGGAUUAGGCCCUGGAGGUUUCUACCAACCUGGUUACCGUGAUGGAGCAAAACUGCAUUUAAAUAUGAUGUGUCUUGGCAAAAAUUGGGACCCGGAGUCUAGCCAAUAUGGUGAUAUCCGGCCAACAGAUGGUGCAAAACCACCUUUAAUUCCUGAUGAGUUUUAUCAAUUGGUUGAGAAAGCAAUCAAGGAUUCUCACGUCCUUAUAUGCGAAGAAGGGAAAGUUGUGCUUGCGAAUGCUCAAGGCAUUCUUCCCAAUAUGAAACCAGACAUUUGUCUGGUAAACUUUUAUUCAGCUAAUGGGCGACUUGGUCUUCAUCAGGAUCGUGAUGAAUCUCCUCAAAGUAUCAAAAAGGGAUUGCCCGUUGUCUCCUUUUCCAUUGGAGAUUCAGCAGAAUUCGCGUACAGUGAUGAAAGGGAUGGCAAGGUAGACACUGUCACUCUGGAAUCAGGAGAUGUUUUGAUAUUUGGUGGAGAAUCUAGAAAUGUUUUUCAUGGCGUGGCUUCUAUUAAGAAAGAUUCCGCCCCGCAAACUCUAUUGGAGGAAACUAAUCUCAGGCAGGGCCGGCUAAAUCUUACUUUCAGACAGUAUUGAAAUAUCCAGACCUCUAGCUAGUUGUCAUUGAAGUCAUGUUAGCUGAUGGUGGAACAAUUUUGUACUCUUUGUACAGUUUAAUAGUUUUAGUUCAAUGAAAGUGUGUUUUGAUAUAUUGAUAUUAGAUGCAGUUGUUAAGAUAGGACUUGUUUUGUAAUCCGUACCUUGUCCAAGUAAAUUCAUUUUUGUUUUCCACAUUA